AUUUUUGUACUGAUUCAGGUGAAAGUGCAGUCAUCUCAAAACUUGAAUGUGGCAGAUUCUUUGUCCAAGGAUUCAGUAGCUACUAUUUCAGAUGAAGUGAAACAAGUGACUGAUGGUAGUGAUACCCAAGAUGAUGAGAACAUGAGUAGUCCAGGUGUUGAGUCAAAACAUGAAGAUGCUGUUGCCAAAAAGCAGUUAUUUGUUUCUCAACAAUCUAAAGGAACAGCAGAGCAAAAGGUUGCUUCUUUUAGUGAAGAUGUAAGAGAGAUAAAUACAGAAGCAGAAGAUGGUUGGCAACCUGUUCAAAGACCAAGGUCCAUCGGAGGUUCAAGCCAGCAAAUCAAGCAUCAACGUACAAGCACCUGGAAAACCUACAACUAUCAGAUGAAUGAUGUUCCUAGUGAAACUGUUCAAUCCAAGCCACAGUUUUCUUAUUUAAAUAAUGGGUAUUAUUUGCUUAAGAAAAAGAUAGUUAUUCCUGGAAGCUUUAAUGACAAUCUUAACAUGCAAGUUCAGUCACCAGACACCAGAUCUGGUCAGAAGGCGUAUAAGGCUGUAACUUAUCGGGUGAAGUCAGUGCCUUCAUCCACCAAUCCUGAGAUCAGUCAUAACUCUUGGAGUGCUGUCGAAAGAACGACUUCCCCAUUAGAUGCUCAUGCACCCUAUUAUCGCCAUGAUAGCCAGGUAUUAGAGAAUCAGAAGAACCUAAUAGGUGGUGUCUCUGAGCCUCGCAACAAUUUGGUUCAUAGUUUUAGUAAUUCUCCAUCAUAUAAAGAUGUAGCACUGGCACCUCCAGGAACAAUUGCCAAGAUACAUAGCCGAAAGUUUCAGGAGAAUAUGCCAUUGGAACAAGAGUUGUCUAUUGGUGGCAAUGCAUCUGAAAUAAAGGAAUCAUUUUUGGCCGAGGAACAUACAGAAAAUGCUGCAGAGCUAUCUGAGAUAUCUAACAUAACCCAAGAUAAGGACACUGUCCAGGAUGCGUUUUUAGACUCAGAUAAAAAAGUUGAAGUUGAUCAUGAAGAAGAAAGAAAGGAAGAUUGUGAAACAGAACAAUUACUAGAACCAUCAUCUUCUGAUUUGGAAGUGGCAUCUUGUAGUAGCAUGCUCACCAAGAAUAUCAUUGACAAUUGUGUAUCUAGCAAUGAGGUUCAAGGAGUUGAGCAAAAUGAGAAUCAUGAUCAGAAUUUGUCAACAAAUACAUCUGAUAGGAAAAAAUCUGAGUGUCCCAUCACUGCAGAAAGCAAAGAAGAUAAUCAUGACGAAGCCUCAUGUACCAAUGUUGGUAUCAGUUCUUACUCUAGUCUCCAUCAAUUCAAUUUCAAGAAGGUUCUCAUCCCUGAGAAAACAGGUGGUGAUUAUCCCACGAUGGAACUACCACCUUCUAAUUAUGAUGGGAGAGAGAGGUAUCUAGCAAGAAGCUGUCUGCAUCUGCUGCACCGUUUAGCCCUUUCCCUGCUACAGUACUUGGUCCUGUUCCUGUAACUGUUGGUCUUCCUCCUAAUGGUACAAUUUCUGCAGUUACACCAUGGCCAUUGAGUGCCCGUCUGCAUGCUUCACCCACGGCUGUAAUGCCAAUGGUGCCUCCUAUUUGUACCUCACCGCAUCAUCCUUAUCCUUCUUCACCUAGGCCUUCGCACAUUCUACGUCCCUUGCCAUUUAUAUAUCCACCAUAUACCCAACCUCAAGUCAUUCCAAAUACCACUUUUGCUAUGAACGGUAACAUAUUUCAUGGAAACCAUUAUCCAUGGCAGUGCAACAUUGGUGCAAACGUUCCUGACUUUGCGCCAGGAUCAGUAUGGUCUGGUUCUCAUCCUGUGGACUUCUCAUCUUUGCCACCCAUCAUUAGUCCAACUUCUGAAUCCGUGUUGGAACCAAUUAUAACAUCUCAUUUAAGAACUGAUGUGAGUCUAGACCUUCCAUCGGAUAACAAUACUGAAGAAGGGACCAAAACAGAAGAGAAUAAUGAGAUAUCCCAGAUUAUAGACAUUUGUAAACCGCUGGAUGGUAACUGGUUAGAGAAACGGGAAUCUGAAGAAUCUCACAGAAAUAAUACAAAAAUUACCGACUUGGAAUCUGAGACGGUUUUCAGACAAGAUGCACAGCAUAGUGGUGGAAGGCAUGUCUUCAGGAGUAGCAAAAAGUAUGAGGGUGAGGGAAGCUUUAGCAUAUACAUCAAGGGUAGAAAUCGCCGUAAACAGACACUAAAGCUGCCUAUAAGUUUGCUCAAUAGGCCAUAUGGAUCACAGUCAUUUAAAGUUAUAUAUAGCAGAGUAGUAAGAGGAAGUGAUGUUAUAAGUGCAACAGAUAUAUCUUCCAGUGAAAAUGUUACUUCCGACUAGUCACAAGCAAAGAACACUACAAACUUCAAAAUGGGCAGGAAAGAAUUUUUUUUAUUGUUCAAGCCACAUCCAGGAGGACGUGACUGAAAAAUUAGCAAUGUUGAUAAUUUAGUUAUUGCUAUUUUUCAGGCAACUGAUAUUUUUUAUUAAGAAGCCAAGAUUGAACGUUCAGGAAGGUAAGCGACAAAUCUCCUCAUGGUCCAAGCCAGGCUGAUGAAGACCAUUUCGUCUGCAGGUUCACAACAUAGAUUGUUGAGAAGGCUAUGAAGUUCCAAGUCUAGAGAGGAUGGAAAUAGCGUAGAACUUUUGACCAAAUCAUUAGAAUUAGGUUGAAACUAUUAACCAUUUUUUCUUCUCCAUUGAAGAGACAUGUAUGAGCAUUUUUCUCCUCUCUUUUUUCCCCUUUUCCUUUUGAGGAUUCUGAAAUUUAUAGCCGACAACAUUGUAAGUCAUGGGAUUUUGUGAACCUCGACUUUCCUACCCAUCAAAAUAACUUUUGCAAUUUCUGCUAAUAUA